CUUCCCAGGCCCUCACAAAUUGCUCGCGCUAUUUUUUGGCGCUCGUAGGAUCUCCUAGCUACCUUUCUAGCGCAAAGCCGGGUCGCGGCUCCUCUUACAGACUCCAGCGUACGCUUGUUUUAAUAUAGGCCAGCCUUCAGGGGAGGUCAUUUAGUGCCGUCACUAGUACAUCGGCACUGCACGGAAGAGUUUGCAUUGGGGUAUUUCAUAGCGCGACGUACUCAUCGGAGCUGCAAAGGCUAAGCCAUUUUUAUGCGGCUCACUAAUCGCAGCCGUAUCCGUCACAGCCGACUUUUGAAGUAUCCUUGACUUCCGUAUUUCUAAGCACUCCAUAUUGUCGACCCUAUAAUUGCCUCGGUAAUCGCAUCCGUAUCGACCCUAUUAUCACAGCCCUCUCUGCGCUCGCAGCUUCAACAGCCAUGUCAACGUCGCUCGACACGUCAGCAGCCGCACCUGUCAGAAAACCGGACGCCCCCGCAGCAGCAGGCGCCGCCGACGAACCGGCCGCAUCAGCCGUAACAGCUGUAGCAGCUGUAGCACCAGCCACACCAGCCGGCGCACCAGCUGUAGCGGCCGCACCAGCCACGCCAGCCGCACCAGCCGUACCAGCUGUGGCAGCGGCGGCGGCAACCCCGCCCGAUUCAAACAACAAGCGCGCUACAGCCGCCACGCCGCCCGACUCAAACAAGCGCGCUACAGCCACCCUGGUGGCCUUCGCCGUGCAGUGCGCGCUAUGCUACAAGUGGCGCAAGGCGCCCACGCUCGACGAGUACGAGAGCAUCCGCGCGCGCGUGUCGAUCGAGCCAUUUACGUGCGCGCAGGCGCAGCGCUGGAAGCCCGCGUGCUCGUGCGCGGACGACCCGGACCUAGUGCAGGACGGCACGUACAUGUGGGCGCUCGACCGCCCCGAUAUCCCGCAGCCUCCGCCCGGGUGGCGGCGGCGCAUUGUGGUCCGCGGAGGGUCUUCCGCGAAGUUUUCAGACGUGUACUACCAUUCACCGUGCGGCAAGUCGUUGAGAUCAGUCAACGAUGUUGAGAGGUUCCUAGCGGAGCACCCCAAGUACCGCAUGCAGGGCAUCACGUCGCGGCAGUUCUCCUUCUCCUCCCCGCGCCCCGCACCCCAAGCCGGCCCCGCCAAGAGCUACAUGCAGAAGCGGCCGCAUGCUGAUGCAUCCCCGCCAUCAGGCCCGCUGGGUAAAAGAUUAGCUGCAACCCAGUAGAUGCAGCUAGGAAUCUUCUAGGCGCUUCAAACCUCUCCCCACACCGCCCUCACCCUCACCCUCACACUCAGCUGCAACAGCUCGUAUCAAGGGGUACCAAGGAGUACCAGUAGGUGCCUGCAGAAACGGCUGCAAUGCUGAUGUCCCCCCGCCAUCAGGCUUGUUGCUGGGAUUGGCAUUGGCAUGCUGUGGGGUACCGUAACUUCCAUGUGUUGGGAAAAGGCAGAGGUUUGGUGACCACCAACCAAACCCUUGCUUGCUUCACUUUUUCUGGGACUUGAUUUUUGUAGAAGUAAUAUGCCAUAUAGUAACCGUUAACUCUCCUUGCUUCUGGGUUCUAGUGUUCUAGCAAGGUUCUGUAGUACUAGAUGGAAAUUGUGAGAUGUUUGGGAAAUGCUUUCUAAUUGCCUUCUACAGCAGGUGCUGUACCGUACACUAAUGUAGAUUACCUAA